CUCAGCGACAAUGGCACCAAAUUCAGCAGUCAUCGGCCGGCGCGUUAUGGUCGCAAAUUACACUGCAAUAACCGCCCGGCUGAAGCUGUCAGCCCGCAGAGCACACAGCAAUAAUGGGGUCUCGACUCAGCAAUGCGAGAGGCCCUGCGCCUGUCCGUUCAUCUCAAAAAUACGACCGCCACAAACUACUUUUUAAGACAAACCUGCCGCUCUAGGACUAGCACCAGGGGGGCGGCUGCUGUGAAUGGCCGUUCUCCGGCAGGAUCGCUGGGUUCCUGCGUUAGCGGACGCAGUGCGAAGACCACUCGCAUGCACCGAAAUCCGUUUGCCCCUGCCGCCCGCUGCAUGCUCUCCUUUCAGUGGCCAACUGUUUCCGGACCGCGCUACCGUGCCCGCAAUCUCCUGACUGCACAUAAGUACUCCCUCACUUCUCGCUGUCCUUCUUUCCUCACUUCACUCAAGCCAAUCUACGAGCUCAAGUCCUUUGACCACCCGGUCGUCCAUUCGUUGCACCUAACUAAUACUAUCAUUAAUAAUACCCACCGCCCUCCAACACUCUUCGAACUUUUCCAUUUCAAGUUCUAUACCCUAAUCAGUCAAAAUGCGCGCCUUCAUUGCUGCUGCUAUCGUCUCCGCCGCCGCUGCGGCCCCCGGCUACGCGCCAUACGGCUACGCUCCGGAGUCUUCGUCUACCCCGGCGUACACCCCUCCCGCCUAUACGCCGGCCCCGAGCUCGACUCCUGCCUACACUCCUCCGGCUUAUACCCCUAGCCCUCCCGCCUACACUCCGGAGGAGAGCUCUACCCCAGCUUACACUCCCCCGGCGUACACCCCGGCUGAGUCUAGCUCCUACCCCGUUGCUGAGUCUAGCACUCCUUGCCCCGAGUCUUCCAUCCCGGUCUACCCCACGGAGACUCCCUCUCCCUAUGUUCCCACUCCUCCGGAAGAGACUCCUUGCACUACCUCCACCACCAUCACGGUGACCAUGCCCUACCCAUCCGGCACUGGCUACCCGCCUGCUCCCUACCCGUCCGGCCCGGCUUCCUCGGCUCCCUACCCCAUUCCCUC